AUGUUGCAGCUGUUCCUGACAGAGCCUAGGGCAGGACAAGGCCUGCUGCUCUUUACCCAGCCGGCAUAUAAUGCUUCCGUUUUUGAGAAUUCUGCUGCAAGGACCUAUACCAAAAGCGAGGUCAAAAUGGGCAUCAUUCUUGGGCCACCACGGUCUUUAGACAUUAAAUAUUCCAUUGUGUCUGGAGACAGUGAGGGAAUCUUCCAGGCUGAGGAGUUUGUAAUGGGAGAUUUUUGUUUUCUUCGCAUACGCACUAACGGAGGCAGUGGUGCCACAUUGAAUCGGGAGGUACAGGACAAUUACACACUGACAGUUAAGGCAUCUGCCCAAGGAGGCCUAGAGGCCUUAGCUACUGUUUAUAUCAAGGUCUUGGACACCAACGAUCUCCGACCUCUUUUCUCCCCUACCUCCUAUUCAUUUGUUGUUUCUGAGAGUGCCCCUCUGGGUGCCAGCAUAGGACGUGUAACAGCCACAGAUGCUGAUGUGGGAUCCAACGGGGAGUUCUACUACUUCUUCAAGAACAAAAUUGAACUCUUUGCUGUGCAUCCGACCAGCGGGGUCAUCACCCUGACAGGUCGGCCCAGGAUGGACAAACGAGACCGAUUUGAGCUGGAGGUGCAGGUGGUUGACAGAGGAAUGAAACUCUAUGGGAACAAUGGCAUCAGCAGCACUGCUAGGCUGGUCCUAACUGUGGAGCGGGUUAAUGAGUUUGCUCCUGUUCUCAAUGCAGUGGCUGUCUUUCCAUCAUGGGAGGACAAGGACCCGAUCUACGCCAUAUUAACUGUGGAGGACAAAGACGAAGGGGUAUCUGGGGAUAUAGAGUGGGUGUCUAUCAUUGAGGGUGACCCCCUUGAACAAUUUGUGAUUGAUCGAUCGCCUGUCGGGAAUGAGUAUAGGGUUAAAACAUCAGAAUUGUUCGACUGGGAUACAUUCCCCUAUGGCUGCAACUUAACCUUCCAGGCUAAAGACAGGGGUAUACCUCCUAGGUUUUCUAAUGCUCAGGUUAUUCAGUUGUUGGUUACAAAGCCAGACCCAGUGUUGGCGAAUUUUGAGAAAGAUGUUUAUGUAGUCACGCUGAGUGAAAUAGCUCCCCCAGGCACUAUUGUAGAGGUGGUGAAAAUCUCCCCAGCUCCUCUGAGUGUCAAUUACAGCUUCAGCAGCCCCUUAGAUCAAAUGUACUUUGAUAUAAACCCUUUGACUGGAGUUAUUAUGACCACAAGGCACCUGACAAGAUUAUCACAGGAUUUCAUGGAGAUGGAGGUAGUUGAUAUUAUCAGUCAGCAGCAAGCAAGGGUCCAAAUCACCAUAGAGGAUGCUAAUGACAACUCUCCAGUGUUCAACAGGCCAUUUUAUGAUAUCGCAAUCAACGAGAGCUUACCUAUAAGCACCGUUGCGCUCGUAGUGUCCGCUGUGGAUGCUGAUAAGGGAGAGAAUGGGUAUAUAACACACACCAUAAGCGGUGAACAGUCUCUUCCAUUUACAAUAGACCAGGACACAGGGGAGGUGAGGAUCACGAGAGACCUAGACUUUGAGUCAUCAGAUGAUAUCUAUACUUUUGCAGUGCGGGCCUCUGAUUGGGGUUCACCCUACAGAAGGGAGAGUGAAGUUAAUGUCACCAUUCGUCUGAUAAAUAUAAAUGACAACCAGCCUCUUUUUGAGAGGGUUUCUUGCAGGGGGAUGAUAAGCCGUGAUUUCCCUGUCAGCCAGACAAUUGUCACUCUGUCAGCUGUAGACAUGGAUGAGCUAGGAAUGGUGACAUACAAGAUUCUGUCUGGAGACGAGUUAGACUAUUUUAACUUAAAUCCGGAAUCUGGGGCUUUGUCAUUGAAACGAUCGUUAGGGGUGGCUAAUUUAAAAAGUGGGGUAUUCAACCUGAGAGUAGUUGCAACGGAUGGGGAGUUGUUCUCUGAGCCUACAUUUGUGAAUGUAUCUGUGGUGAGGGGUAGGAUGCCACCCAGGGGGUUCAACUGCAAGGAGACCAGGGUAGCUCAGCUGUUGGCAGAAAAAAUGCUCUCAAAAGCGUCUGCUAUGGCGAGACUAAGACCAGAUGAGAGAUUUACAGACCUUUUCUCCAUGAACAAACAGGCUCCACAGUUUGAGGCCUUGCCCACUAGUAUUCUAGUGAGAGAAGACCUCGCUGCUGGUGCCAGUGUAUUUCAGGUGAGAGCACGAGAUGGCGACACAGGCUUCAACGGCCGUGUUCUCUUUUCCAUAUCUGAUGGUAACAAAGAAAACUGCUUCAAUAUCAACAUGGAGAGUGGGUUGAUAACUGUCUUACAGCCACUUGACCGCGAGCGACUGGAUCGUUACUUCCUCAAUAUCACCAUCUACGAUCAGGGUGUUCCACAGAUGUCCAAUUGGAGACUACUGACUGUGAUCAUUGAGGAUGCGAAUGACAAUGACCCCCAGUUUUAUCAGGACAGCUUCACUGCUCUUGUUGCAGAAAACACAGCCAUUGGUGUGGAAGUCAUUGCCAUCACUGCGUUUGACCGAGACAUGGGUCAAAAUGGACAGCUCUCCUAUCUCAUGCUGACCAGUUUCCCUCAGUUUGGUAUUGACAGUGAAACUGGAAGUGUGUUUGUUGCUAGCCACUUGGACAGAGAAACCAUCCCAAUGUUCACAUUGAAGAUUGAAGUGAGAGACAAGGCUGAAAGAGGCACUCGAAGGUCGUCAGUGACCACUCUCAAUAUAAUUGUGGAGGAUGUCAAUGAUUGCGCCCCAGCGUUCAUCCCAAGCAGCUUCAGUGCUCGAGUACUUGAGGACCUCCCGCCAGGAGCUGUGAUUACCUGGGUGCAGGCUCAGGACCCAGACGUAGGCCCUGGCGGACAGGUCAGAUACUCCUUGAUUAAUGACUUCAAUGGCACUUUUGAGAUCGAUGCUGUGAGUGGAGUGCUGAGGAUUAGGAGGGAGCUGGACUUUGAGAAACAACCGUUUUUUAACCUGACGUUACUUGCUGAGGACAGAGGAAUACCCAGCCUCAUCAGUCAGACAUUUGUCGAGGUGGAGGUGGUGGAUGUCAAUGAGAAUUUGUAUGCACCCUACUUCCCCGACUUUGCUGUGAGAGGCUCAGUGAAGGAGAACUCUCGUGCAGGCACAAGCGUCCUGACAGUGAGCGCUAAGGACGACGACAAGGGGCGAGAUGGCUUGCUGAGGUACUCUGUCAGAGGAGGCAGCGGACUGGGCACUUUCACCAUUGACGAAGACACAGGGGUGAUUUACACUGCUGGUAUCCUGGACUGUGAGACCAAAGACUCCUACUGGCUUACAGUCUAUGCCACAGACAGAGGGGUUACACCUCUGUCAGCCUCUAUUGAAGUCUUCAUUCAGGUAGAAGAUGUCAAUGAUAAUGCUCCCCUCACCUCGGACCCUAUCUACCACCCAGUUGUCAUGGAGAACUCUCCAAAGGAUGUGUCAGUCAUCCGUAUCCAGGCACAGGACCCUGACCUCACUGCCACUCCCAGUCGACUUAGUUAUCGCAUCACUGCUGGCAACCCGCAGAAUUUCUUCUCUAUCCAUCCAAAAACAGGGCUGAUCACGACAACCGCGAGGAAGCUGGACAGAGAACAACAGGCAGAGCACUUCUUAGAGGUGACAGUUAUAGACGGCCCAGUGACAACCCGCCAGUCCACUGUGUGGGUCAUGGUUCACAUUGAAGACGAGAACGACAACCCGCCCACCUUCCCGGAGGUCACCUACCGCAUCAGCUUGACUGAACGAGACCGCAACAAACGUGGGGAGCAGGUGUACCGUGUCUUUGCUUAUGACCGUGACCUUGGAGCCAACGGCAACAUCACCUACAGCAUUAUUGAUGGUAAUGAGGACGAAAAGUUCACUAUCGACCCCAGGACUGCCAUGGUGUCAUCAAAGAAGAUGGUGACAGCGGGAAGCUAUGAUAUCCUCACUAUAAAAGCAGAGGACAGCGGUGAUCCUCCAUUAUGGUCUACUGUCAAACUCCAUGUAGAGUGGAUUCGCAAACCUGUCCCAUCGCCUGUACCCCUACUAUUCACCCAGAGGUACUACAAUUUCUCCAUUUCGGAGACAGCUGCUGUAGCUCAGCCGGUGGGAGUAGUUGCUGUCAGCCAGUCGAGCACACCUGUCUGGUUUAAUAUCAUCGGCGGGCGGCUUGCCAGAGAAACGUUCUACAUUCCUCAGAAUGCAUGUGGACGAAACUGCUCACUCGACACAGGGAGCUUUGACAUGCAGUUUGACCUUCAAGUGGGGGUGGGAACUCUGGUUGUGGCCAAGCCUCUGGAUGCGGAGGUGCAAUCUGUGUACAAUAUGACUAUACAGGUGACAGAUGGGACCAACUUUGCCACAGCACAGGUGUUCAUCCGAAUACAAGACAGCAACGACAACCCUCCGGUCUUCUCACAGCCAGCCUAUGAUGUCAGCGUCUCAGAGGACGUACCUGUUGACAUGGAGCUACUGCGCGUUAGAGCAACGGACAUGGACGAGCGUGCCCGUUUGAGCUUCUCCAUCUAUGGCAGUGUAGAUCCAGUCAGCAUGAGACUGUUCAGGGUCAAUCCUGGUACUGGGGUUGUCUACACUGCAGACAGGUUGGACUAUGAGGCCAGAACACAGCACAUCCUCACAAUUAUGGUCAAGGAUCAGGAGUUUCCAUUUAACCGUGACCUGGCUCGUAUCCUGGUGGCGGUGGAGGACUCCAAUGAUAACAUCCCCUACUUCACCAGCACCGUAUAUGAUGCUGUGGCCUAUGAGUCAUCUCCCGUAGGCACUUCUGUAUUACAAGUCACAGCUUUGGACAAAGACAAUGGGAUUAACGGGCAACUCACUUAUACUCUGGAAGCAGGGAACACCGGUGGUGUGUUUGGCAUUGAUAAUGCCACAGGCCUUAUCUUCAUUGCUAGGGACCUGGACCUCACCUCUGUGGGCUUUUACACCCUCACUGUCCGUGUCACAGACAGUGGAUUUCCUCCAUUAAUGGCCACAGCAACAGCUCGCAUCUCAUUGAUACUCUCUGACUUCUCCCAACCCAAAUUCACCCAGAAUGAGUAUCAAGCUGAGAUUUUUGAGAACAGCACUAUUGGAACACAUGUGACCACCGUUAGUGCACUCAGCCGCUCUACACUCAUUUAUGAUAUCACCAGGGGCAACGAGGAGCGCUGCUUCUUCAUCAACCAUCACACUGGUGUAAUCAGCACACGCAGACUACUUGACUUUGAGCAAACAACAUCCUACUUUCUGGUGGUGCAUGCCCUGAGCAUGGCUGGAGUGGAGGCCAGCACCACUGUCAUUGUCCAGGUGGGGGAUGUCAAUGAUAGCCCACCAGUCUUCCAACAAAUCAGGUAUGUGGGCGCAAUCAGUGAGGCUGCUCCAGUCAACAGUGUGGUCCUGGGGGAGGAUGGUAACCCUCUGGUCAUCCAGGCGACUGAUAGGGACCGCAAUCACAACGCCCUGUUGGUGUUCCAGAUUGUAGACGAGACAGCGCGUAUGUUUUUCAGCGUGGACUCUGGGACUGGAUCGAUUCGAACGAUUGCCAGUCUGGAUUAUGAGACCUUCUCUGAGUUCCUCUUCCGGGUUCAUGUUAGAGACAGUGGUCAACCUCCUCGGAGUGCUGACAGCCCAGCAGAGGUGAUUAUAAAGGUAAUCAACAUCAAUGACUCACCUCCAAAGUUGUCACAGGACACUUACGAGGCAGUGCUCCUGCUGCCAACUUACGUGGGAGUUGAAGUCCUCAGGGUUGAAGCUUUUGACCCCGAUAUCACCUCUGACCCCACCGUGAACCCUGACAAGUCCAUCACCCCUCAGCUAGUUUACUCUCUGGUGGACAGCAAUGUGGAGUACUUCUCUGUGGAGCGCUACACUGGAGUCGUGACUGUCAUUAAUCAGAACCUCAGUAAAGACCGUUAUCGCUUUAAUGUGAAGGUAUGGGAUGGACGUUUCUCCAGCAUGGCGUUGGUCACAGUGCUUGUGCGAGAGGCUAUAGAGAGCGGCCUCCUCUUUACCUUCCCAUUCUACUCCGCCUCUAUCCCAGAGAACAUACCCAAUGUCACUUUGGUGACUGUUGUCAGCACAGUCGGCCACCGCCUCAAUGAACCGCUGAAGUACACACUGCUGAACCCCGGUGGACGCUUCACAAUCCGGCCAACCUGUGGGGUGGUGCUCACCACUGGUGUGCCUUUUGAUCGAGAGGAGAAGGAGAGUUACGAGCUGGUGGUGGAGGUUAGCAGAGAAGAUGAGAUACUGAGGGUGGCAAGGGUGACUGUACAAGUUCAGGUGGAGGAUGUGAACGACAAUGCUCCGGAGUUUGUGAACCUUCCCUACUACGCUGCAGUGCAGGUGGAAGCAGAGCCAGGAUCAGCUAUUUUCAAGGUCUCAGCCAUCGAUCAGGACAAUGGUCUGAAUGGAGAAGUGACUUACAGCCUUCGGGAGCAGCACAGGAACUUUCAGGUGAACCCUGUGACAGGAGAGCUGACCUUAAAGAGGGCCUUUGAGGCAGACUUAUCCAACGCAGAGUACAAGGUGGUCCUUGUGGCCACUGACGGAGGCUUCCUCCCUUUGUCCAGUGAGGUGGAGCUGCCUAUUACUGUAGUAAAUAAAGCCAUGCCGGUGUUUGACAAACCCUUCUAUGGUGUCACCAUCAGAGAGGAUGUGGCCGUCACCACCUCUGUCUUGUGUAUCAAUGCCACGAGUCCCGAAGGCCAGAGCGUCAUCUUCACCAUCACGGAUGGAGACCCUUCCCUCCAGUUCGACAUUGGCUUUGACACAGGAAUCAUCAGCGUGAUUUACCCGUUAGACUACGAGACCACGCAGUACUACCGGUUAACGGUGAAGGCUACAGAUACACUGACUGGGGCAAAGUCUGAGGUCGAUGUAGAUAUUGUUGUGCUGGAUGUGAAUGAUAACCCGCCGCUGUUUCAGAACACCUCAUACUCCUCUGUGCUGGCUGAGAACUCCAUGAUCGGAAUGACCGUGUUACAGGUGUUUGCCCAGGACCAAGACUCGGAGAAGAACGCCAUGGUGAGUUACCAGAUCCUAUCUGACAUCUACAACAGCACCGACUACUUCCACAUUGACAGUAACAGCGGAUUGAUAUUCACGGCACGCCUGCUUGACUACGAGCUCAUCCAACGCCACAACUUCAUUGUCAGAGCGACCGACAGUGGGGACCCUGCCCUCAGCAGUGAUGUUAGUGUCACUGUGACUGUUACUGACACAAACGACAACCCACCUAAUUUCAGCCAAGCGCUGUACGAGGCCUUUGUCAGCGAGCUCGCUCCCAGAGGGCACUUUGUGACUUGUGUUCAAGCGUCGGAUGCUGACAUCUGUGAUGCACAUAGGCUGAGAUACAGUAUUCUCUCUGGGAAUGAGAAAAUGACUUUUAUGAUGGAGCCAGAUACAGGGGUGCUCAGUCUGUCUAACAAGAGGAGACAAGGCAUGAAACUCUCGUAUCAGCUCAAUGUGUCUGUGUCAGAUGGAGUCUUCACCAACACUGCUCAGGUGAUUGUCCGUGUCCUGGGAGCCAACCUGUACAGUCCAGUGUUCAGCCAGAGGUUCUACCUGGCUGAAGUCCAAGAAAAUGCACCUCCAGGGUCAAAGGUCAUUCAAGUUCGUGCAACAGAUGAGGACUCCGGCCUGUAUGGCCAGAUCACCUACUCCUUCAUCAACGACCUGGGGAAAACUCAGUUCAACAUCGAUGCAGAUGGAGUCAUAUCCACUGCUCAGAAAUUAGACAGAGAAAAUCCUCUUAACAAGGACAUGGUGUUGACCAUUAUGGCCCUGGAUGGAGGAGGCCGUGCAUCAUUUUGCACAGUUCGAGUGGUUCUUGGUGAUGAGAAUGACAACGCUCCUCGGUUCAGAGCUGUAGAGUACCGCAUGAGUAUUAAAGCAAAUGUUGCCAAAGGUUCCCUGGUCACUCAGAUCCAAGCCACCGACCCUGAUGCUGGGUCUAAUGGGAGGAUCACCUACUCCCUUUACAGCGAGGCACGCCUGUCACUGGUUGAUGUGCUAGAGGUGGAGCCAGACAGCGGUUGGAUGAUGACUAAAAGCACUGUGGACCACCUCCAGGGGACUGUGCUGUCCUUCUUUGUCAAAGCCACAGACGGCGGCUCUCCGGCCAAACACUCGCUGGUGUCCGCCUUCAUCCACGUCGUCCCACCAGAUGCAUUCGUGCCCUCUUUCAGCCAGCCUCAGUACUCCUUCACCAUCCCAGAGGACACAGCAGUAGGAACAGCCCUUGGGUCUGUGUACAUGGCUCCUGGACAGACGGGGUUCUUCACUGUAGUCGGAGGAGAGACGCUUGACAGCAACCAGGGAGGGACCUUCCUGGUAGAGAGGGACACAGGUCUGAUCCGUCUGAUCAAGCCGCUAGACUAUGAACAAAUCAGCAUCUUUCGCUUUAAGGUUGCAGCGACGACAAGAAGAGACCUAAUCGAGUCUGUCUCCACUGUAGACCUGGAGGUUAAGAUCCUGGAUGUGAAUGACAACAAGCCAGUGUUUGAGACUAACACCUAUGUAGCCACGGUGAUGGAGGGGAUGCCAGUAGGGACGAGAGUGGUUCAAGUACGUGCCCUUGAUCCAGACUGGGGCUCUAAUGGACAGGUAACCUACAGCCUUGGACCUCUGCUCACCUACAACUUGGACUUGACAAAAGACGCCCGCUCCUUCAGCGGCCCCAUCACUACGGCUUCUGUCUUUGCUAUUGACAGCAAAACAGGCUGGAUCACCACAGUGAGUCAGAUGGACCAUGAGGCCUGCUCCAGCUACAGCUUUGAAGUAGUGGCCUCUGAUCUGGGGGAGUUGCAGUCCCUCUCCUCCACCACAGUGGUAACCAUCACUGUGUCAGACGUUAACGACAACCCGCCGCGCUUUGAGAGGGAGCUGUACAGGGGUGCAGUAAAGGAGAGCGAUCCCCUCGGUGAGGUGGUAGCUGUUUUAAAAACAAGGGAUCGAGAUGGUACAGAUCAAAACCGCCUCGUCAACUUUUACAUAACUGGGGGAAACCCACGGGGCGUGUUUGGCCUGGCCCUUGUGCAGGGAGAGUGGAAGGUUUACGUGAGUGGUCUGCUGGACCGCGAGCAGCAGGACUGGUAUCUGCUCAACAUCACAGCCAGCGAUGGCUUAUACGUUGCUCGCACUGCAGUGGAAGUCACCGUCAUGGAUGCCAACGACAACAGUCCCAUCUGUAACCAGGCGGUGUAUAGCGCCUCUUUUCCUGAGGACAUUCCCACUAACAAGGGCAUUCUGACAGUGGGUGCAACAGAUGCUGACUCAGGCUCCAGCGCUGAGAUCCAGUAUUCACUGUUUGGCAUAGGGGUUGAAGAUUUCUACAUGGAUGCAAACACUGGCGAGCUGCGUACAGCCACGGUCAUGGACCGAGAAAUGACACCCACCUACAAACUCAUUGCCCAGGCGACUGACGGAGGAGGGCUGUUCUGCCGCUCUGACAUUUCUCUCAAAGUGUUGGACGUAAAUGACAAUGCCCCCUCAUUCUCCUCUACUCAUUACCUGGCUAGUGUCUAUGAGAAUGCCGCCCCCAAGGCUUUGCUUACCCGGCUGCAAGCCAGUGACCCUGAUGAAGGCCUUAACCGUACAGUAGUCUAUUCUCUGGUGGAUUCAGUCAACGGAUUGUUUUCCAUCGACCCGGUAUCUGGGAUGGUGAUUCUGGAGAAAUCUCUGGACAGAGAGAGCCGGGACACCUACCGUAUCCGCGUCCAGGCCACUGACCAGGUUGGACAACAGGGGGCGCUGUCCUCACAGGUGGAUUUGACCAUUUUGGUGCUGGAUGUGAAUGACAAUGCUCCAGUCUUCCAGAGGAGAGACUACUCCGUUACUGUCCCGGAGGAUGUAGCCCUGGGAACCGAGGUGCUGCGAGUGUUGGCAACGAGCGUUGACAUCGGGCCAAACGCUGACAUCACCUACAAGAUCCGGUCGGGCAACGAGUUAAGAAAGUUCACCAUAGACAGGAACCUGGGCUCUAUUUCUGUGGCUGAUGAUUUGGACUUUGAGGUGUGUAAGGACUACUACCUCACUGUUGAGGCCUGGGACAACGGGAACCCUCCUCUCAGCACAGCUACCAUGGUGACCAUUGAACUCAUGGAUGUAAACGACAACGCUCCAGCCUUCAGUCAGGACAUCUACAAUGUCCUGGUCAGCGAGGAUGCGUCUGUGGGACAGACAAUUACAAGGGUACUGGCAGAAGACUUGGACAGCCAGGUGAAUGGGCGAAUCACCUACUCCAUCCUGAAAGGUGAUCGUAGCAACCACUUCUGGAUUGACCCUGUAACAGGCCUGCUCAAAGUCAAUAAGCGGCUCGACAGAGAACUAGUAUCAAGGUACUCUUUGUCAGUGCAGGCGUUCGACAGUGGCUCUCCUGCCAUGUCCUCCACUGUCACCCUCAACAUCGACAUAUCUGACGUUAAUGACAACCCUCCUGUCUUCACUCCUCCCAACUCCACAGCUGUCAUACAGCUGAACCAAGCUGCUGGCACUACCCUGCUGAAGCUGUCAGUCAGCGAUAAAGACUCACCAAGAAAUGGCCCUCCCUUUGAGUUUCUCAUCUUGUCAGGAAACGAGGGAAAUUUCUUCUCCCUGGACCAAACUGGGACUCUGAGGUCCAACCGUGUGUUUGGCCCUGAAGCCCCCCGAGAGUUCACUCUUGAAAUCCAGGCAAGUGACUCUGGUAAGCCAAGUCUUACCUCUUCCUCUUGGAUAUUUAUGAGAGUCAUUGGGAACAGUCAGUAUAAACCCGCCGUCUCCCCCCUGGAAAUCUUCAUCGUCAUGGCGACAGAUACCUUCCAGGGUGGCCCGAUCGGUCAGAUCUAUGCAACCGACCGCGACCCCAGUGACGUGCUGUCAUUUACCCAGAGGCCCCAGACCAAGAGCAUGUUUAGGAUAAACAGGCAGGAUGGCAGCGUUGCGGCUCUGCCAGGCCUGGAACCUGGCAGAUACCAGAUGAAUGCCACGGUGAGUGAUGGACGCUUCGCUGUGAUAGCUGAUGUGUCAGUCCAGGUCGAACAGGUGACAGAUGAGCUGCUGCGUAGCGCCUUGACCUUACGUUUCAGCUCACUGUCCCCAGAGGACCUGCUUGGUCGCUACCUGAGCCAGAUCAAACUAAUGUUGCGGGGAAUAGCUGGCUGGAAAUGGUCACCAGGACAGCAGGAUCCCCUGCACAUACUCAGUGUGCAGCCAGUGAUGGGGACAUCUGAUGUGGACUUGCUCCUGGCCAUGGAGAUGCCAGAGACAUCAGGAGGCGGACGGAUGGGUGGGAUCUACUCCCGGCAAGAGUUGUCUGCAAAGCUGGAGGAAGCAGCAGCGCGGGGCCAGAUUCGGGGUGUCCUGGCUGGGGCAGUGGUGGUGAGCAGUGCUUGUUCUGGGGAGCUGGAUUGUGGGGACAGGGUGUGUGAACAGGCGCUGGUGAUGGAGGGUGACUCACCUGUCGUCUACAGCACAGAGAGGGUCAGCUUGGUGGCACCAAGGUUCAGCACUACAGAGACCUGCACCUGCCCUGGAGGGACAUGCCCCACUCCUGUGGAGCUUUGUGAAGGUCAGUCCUGUCCAGCAGACAUGCAGUGUGUCCGUUCUGGUCCUACAGCGCCAUCUGUCUGCCAGUGUCAGCCCGAGAGACUUGACGAAUGUGCAGGUCAAACCUCUCUGAGUUUCUCUGGAAACAGUUACAUCAAGUACAGAGUGACAGAGAGUGGCCAGAGUGGAGAGAUGAGGCUCGGCCUGAGGAUCAGAACACUUCAGAGAAGAGGAGUCAUUAUGUUCACGCGCGUUAACCCCUGCACCAUGCUCAAGAUUGAAGGGGGUCGACUCUGGUUCCAGUUGGACUGUGACAACACCCUUGGCAUUAUGGGUAUCUCUGGCAGACCAAUAAACGAUGGCCUCUGGCAUGCAGUUGCCUUGGAGCUGACUAGGAACUACACUCUCCUCUCAUUGGAUGACAGCUAUGUAGAGCGCCGGCGAGCAGCCCAAGCCCCUGUUCGCCUUUGGCCUCUAGCCCCAGAUUCUUCCUUUUUCUUCGGGGCCCAAGUGAGGCCACUCAACGGGCAGGGCGAGAGGCCAAGCCCAGGGCCAGGGAGAAGCCAGGGAGGGCCUGGACUCGGGGACCGCGGAGCGAGGGCCCCCCCAAGAGCCCAGGAUGGCUUCCAGGGAUGCCUGGGCUCACUGAUGCUGAACGGUAACGAGCUGCCACUCCAGAAUAAGAGGAGCCGUUAUGCUGAGAUAGCAGGGCUGAGCGAGGUCAAGUUGGGCUGUGUGCUUUAUCCAGAUCCAUGCGUCAGUCAGCCGUGCCUCAACGGAGCCAUCUGCAGCAGCCUGCCCUCUGGAGGCUUCAUGUGCAGUUGCAGCACAGGCUUCACUGGGGGGCGCUGUGAAAUCGAAUUGACAUCCUGCAUGCCGAACCCAUGCCAGAACGGUGGGGACUGUAAGCCUUUAGGCAGUGCAUUCCUCUGUGGCUGUCCUCGAGGACUCAGGGGACUUAUAUGUGAUGAGGAUGUUAAUGAGUGUGACCAGGACGGGUGCGGAGAUGGAGGAGAGUGUGUCAACACGUUCGGGUCGUUCUACUGUAACUGUUCGGACGGGUACGAGGGUCGGUUUUGUGAUGAUCAGAUGCCUGGUGAUCCGGGGGAUGACACACAGGCGGAGCCCCUGUCUUACGUCGGACCAGGAGAAAUAAUUGGCAUCGGGGUCCUUGCCUUUGUCAUCAUUCUCCUCCUCAUACUUUUCAUCGCCUUCAGGAAGAAAAUCAAAUUUAGGAAAGACUCUGACCCGGGCUCGGGUACUCAGGCUGUGAUGGGUGUGUCAGCUAUUUCCACAGAAACAAGCUACAUGCUGCACAAGACUGGCAUGGGGGCAGAGGGGAUUGAGUUCAAAGCCGUGCGUGUGUCGGGAUCACCUGGGACCACGAGCACCUAUGGUGAGGUGGGAAACAGCACUGGGGGCCCUCCCCAGGUCCUGGUGCGUCCCACUACCCACUCCCCUCUACCAGGAGGACUCAUCAACCAGGGCAUGAGGAGUGGAGAUGGGGACAAAACAACUUCUAGUGAGGGCAGUCAGUUGAGCAGCUUCCUCUCAGACAUCUCCAAUGUCCGAGGAGUGUCCAAUAGGAGGGGUAUAGCAGUGUGCAGCGUGGCGCCCAAUCUCCCCUCUGCAUCGUCCUGCCGCUCAGAGCACAGCCCAGCCCACAAAGUGUCCUGGGAGGGAGAGGAAACGAGGGAGGAAGGGCUGGAGAGAGUGAGAGAUGAGAGAGAGGAGGAAUGGGGGCAGAGAGCUUUUGAGUUGGAGAGAACACAGAGAGAUAACAGUCCACAGGACGUGUCAGAGCUGGUGGAGGAGGUUGCAUGUCUCUCAGACUCCACCUCUGAGGAACACUCCCUCAGUUCCUACACUUCUGAGUCCUUCGAUGACAACGCCUCCAUAGUGACAGUCAUACGUCUUGUCAAUGAUGCUGUUGAUAAUAUUGAAAGUGAAGUGUCAAACAUGGACAAAGAACAGCAGCGGAGCAGCCCUGCAUACCGCUGGGAGUCUUCCAGGCAGACUUCAAGCUGGUUGUCACCAUCACGUCUGCGUCCGCCGGAGCUAGGAUCCCAUUACGACCUCAGUGACACCCAGCAAAACAUCAGACGGGGAGGCAGCACGCGGUCUCUCCAGCUGGACUACAAAGUGAUGGGCUACAGCAGUGACAGGGGCCGGGAGCAGGUACGGGAGACCGGGAGGAGAACCUUCCAGUGGGAGAGGAAUCAGUCGGGUGAGUGGGAGAGGAAACGCAUCCUGGACAGAGAAGAAAAGAGAAGGCGCGACGGGGAAGGAGAGGAUACAGGCAACAGGAGCAGAGACAUGGGGGCUUGCCAGGACCACAGAGAGCAUCAGCAGUUGCACGGCCAUGACAGCUGUGAAGACAGCUCUUCGCCUGUUUACGAGGAAUACCGUGAGACCAGCCAUGACCAAGAGCAAGGGGAAGAUACAGAGAGCCUUUAUGACACUCUGCCGCCAACUCGACGAGCCUACGAAGGAUAUCCGUCAAGCCCCCCGGGCAUCAACCUGCACCCAGCUCAACUUCUGCCCCCCCUCAGAGCGUGGGACUUACAGACAGGGGAGUGGAGGGGAUCGCAGGAGGAUCGCGGAGGGCUCGGCUCCAGCAGUCUGGCAGGAUCUGGGGAUGAGCUGGAGAGACUAUUGAACCUGGUGUCCCUCAGAGCCAGGAGAGCCACACGAAUAAACAGAGCCUCUACCCAAUCUGAACCCACAACAGGCUGGGAUGGGUUUAAAUGAGCACACAAGACUGUUUAAAACAAAUAGAUUUAAUAUUCCUCUAAUGAAAGAGAGGCAGUGACCCUCUCUGAUUAUACUUGACAUUUAUAUUAUUACACCGUUGGUCCACCACCUAAAAAUAAUUAAAAGAGAAUAUUACCAUAUAUACUUUUAUUA